AUUACAUGUAAUCAAACAAAAUACACAUAAUUUUUUAUUUUUUAUUUUUUCUGAAAAGGAAAGUAAAUCUCAUCACCAUUUUCUCAAAGAUCAUGAAGAGGGAUAGAGAUGAUUUUGAAGAUGAUGAGAAGCCUCAGAUUGGGCCCAGUAGAACCCCCUAUAGAAUCAGUCCUGACACUACCACAUCAUCAUACCCUAACACAACCACCAAUCAAAAUCCCUACACCUCGAAAAACACGACCAACAAUAAUAACAACAACAACAGCAACAACAAAGAACAGGACCGUUUCCUGCCCAUAGCUAACGUGGGGCGGAUCAUGAAGAGGGUGAUGCCGGCAAACGGGAAGAUCUCGAAGGACGCGAAGGAGACCGUGCAAGAGUGCGUGUCGGAAUUCAUCAGCUUCGUCACCGGGGAGGCGUCCGACAAAUGCCAACGGGAGAAGCGGAAGACGAUCAACGGCGACGACAUCCUUUGGGCCAUCACGACGCUAGGUUUCGAGGAAUACGUGCACCCACUCAAGAAGUACCUGGCCAAGUAUAGGGAGAUAGAAGGGGAGAAACUCAACGUACCAAAGCAGCAGCGCGUGGAACAACGCAUGCAGCACGACCAGAAUUCCUCGAAUCAUCUGCCCUACAAUAGCGUCUACUCCGCCGCGAAUCUCAUCUCUCCGCCGCCGUUCGUGUCGGCCGAUCCGCCCUUUCCGCUGCCCUUCUCGCAGAACUCUAUUCAGACGGCGGCGUUGCCUCAGCACGAUCGUGUCGACGAUCAUUGGUAAAAUACAAGAUAUUUUUUCCUCAUUUCAUUUAGUGACAAUAUAUAUAUGUGUGUGUGCUAUGUGAUGUAUAGCUUGGGAUUUGAUGUGAGGAAAAAAGUUUUGAUUGUAUAUGAUAUAUAGAGUGCAAAUAGUUCAUCAAGAAAAUUAGAAAAAACCCUUCUUUUUUUUUCUU